UCCACCCAACCACACCCUACGCAAUCCUUGUAGGGUAGAGCUCCCGAGAAGACUAAAACUUUACUGGAACUGUAGCAGAGAGGACAGAGAAAACACAUGUAUCAAAUUUGGACCCCAGGAAUUGGCCACUGGUGGGCAUCGUGGCGUUUCGUAGGCAGCCAACCAUACAAAAAGAAGAACUUUACAUCCUUCUUGUCAUUUUGAAAGACUGUAAAACCAGAGUCUAAUCUCCAUCAUCUCACAAGGCACCAAGAACUUCCUACUUGUUCAAGACCUUGCUCCAUGAAUUCAUAAAGACUCUUAAAAGCCAAGAAACAAAGCCUGUGUGGACAAAAUCCUCUGGAAACAGAAACCCUCUGUCUUUAACAGAAAAGUAAAUAGAAGCCAUUGCUCCUGACCAGUUCCUGAUGGAGAUUUCAGCUACCACAGAAGACUACUAUACAACCACAGAAUUUGACUAUGGGGACUCCACCCCUUGCCAAAAGGUUUCUGUAAGAGCCUUUGGGGCUGGAUUUCUACCCCCUCUGUAUUCCCUGGUGUUCAUCAUUGGUGUGAUAGGCAAUAUCUUGGUGAUUCUGGUUCUCAUGCAGUACAGGAGACUUCGAAGCAUGACCAGCAUCUACCUAUUCAACCUGGCCAUCUCUGAUCUGGUCUUCCUUUCCACUUUGCCUUUCUGGAUUGACUACAAGCUGAAAGGCAACUGGGUUUUUGGUGAUGCCAUGUGUAAACUCCUCUCUGGGUUUUAUUACCUGGGCCUAUACAGUGAGAUCUUCUUUAUCAUCCUGCUGACGAUUGACAGGUACCUGGCCAUUGUCCAUGCAGUGUUUGCUCUGCGAGCCCGGACUGUAGUUUUUGGCAUUACCACCAGUAUCAUCACCUGGGCCCUAGCCAUCUUGGCCUCCAUUCCUGGCUUAUACUUUUACAAAACACAGUGGGAGUUCACUCACCAUACCUGUAGCCCUCAUUACCCCUUCGAGAGCCUGAAACAGUGGAAGCAGUUUCAGGCUCUGAAGCUGAACCUCCUUGGACUAAUUUUGCCUCUGUCAGUCAUGAUCAUCUGCUACACAGGAAUCAUCAGCAUUCUGCUCAGACGACCCAGUGAGAAGAAGGUCAAAGCCGUGCGUCUGAUAUUUGUUAUCACGCUUCUCUUCUUCCUCCUCUGGACGCCCUAUAAUCUGACUGUCUUUGUUUCUGCUUUCCAAGACGUUCUAUUCACCAAUCAGUGUGAGCAGAGCAAACAGCUGGACCUGGCCAUACAGGUGACAGAGGUGAUUGCCUACACCCACUGCUGCGUCAACCCAGUCAUUUAUGUCUUUGUGGGUGAGCGGUUCCGGAAGUACCUCCGGCAGCUGUUUCAAAGGCUUGUGGUUGUACCCCUGGCAAAAUGGCUGCCCUCCCGUUUUGUGGACAAACCAGAAAGGGCCAGUUCUAUGUCUCCAUCCACAGGGGAGCAUGAGCUCUCUGCUGGCUUAUGAUUCCGACUCCUGGGUGUCAACCAAAGUCUAGGAGAGAGUGAGGAUACAGUACAUGACUCCCCAGGACAGAUACUGGCAGCUGUCACAAUGAGGACUCACAAUUUUAUAGGGUCAGAGGGAACUUAUAGGUGGUUCAGGUAUAAAUCAUCUCUUUAGCUCUUUCCUUGACUGUCUCUCUGUUGAAAAAUAAAUGAAUGAGCAAAGUGCAGUGGGUGCUCCAGAGACUGGGAUAAUGGUUGGCAAUGAAGGGCUUGGGCCCAACAAGAGUUAGGGUCUGUUGUCAUUAACAAACAAAGCUGAACUGAACUUUUACUGAACUCCACUCCUAAUGAUGUGAUAUUCUGAGAAAAUUUCAAGAAAAAUAUUGUAGUAGAAAAGAGGUUUGCAUACUUGAUAUUGAUAUACAUUAUAAAGUAUAAAAUGCUAUAUCAGAAAUUUAACUAUAACAAACUGAAGUUAAUUUAUUCAUUUAUUUUAAAUAAUUAAAAGGAUACAAAUAGAUCAAAGAAUAAAUGCAAUAACAUCAGCAUAAGAAUA